UGUUUUUUCUAUUAUAAUCGAUUUUAUUGGAAGUUUCUCUUAUUUAUACAUACAUACAUACAUACAUAUAUAUAUCUCACACUCCAUCCGCUGCAAACUGAACCCAACGGCCACGUCGAGAACAUACGCCGUCGGUUGCAAAGAUCCGCAAGAUGCUGCGACCGCUCUCGCUGGGCCGAUCCGCCCGAAUCCUCCGCGCGUCCCUCCGUUCCGCCCAAACCCUAAACCCUAACCCUAGCUCCGACCUUAUCCGCCCCCUCUCCUCCUCCGCCGCCGGUGUCUCCGAUGCCGAGCUCCGGAAGUACGCCGGCUACUUCGUCCUCCUCCUCGGCUGCGGCGUCGCCACCUACUACUCCUUCCCCUUCUCCCCCGACGCCAAGCAUAAGAAGGCCCAGAUCUUCCGCUACGCCCCGCUCCCGGACGACCUCCACACCGUCACAAACUGGAGCGGCACCCACGAGGUCCUCACUCGUGUCUUCCUUCAGCCGGAAUCCCUCGCCGACCUCGAGGCCGUCGUCCGCGACGCCCACAACAAGCGCCAGCGGAUCCGCCCGGUCGGGUCCGGGCUGUCCCCCAACGGGAUCGGCCUCACGAGGGCCGGGAUGGUGAAUCUCGCCCUCAUGGAUAACGUCCUGGAGGUGGACCGGCAGGCCAAGACCGUCCGGGUCCAGGCCGGGAUCAGGGUUUCCCAGCUCGUGGAGGCGCUCAAGGAGCACGGGCUCACCCUUCAGAACUUCGCGUCUAUCCGGGAGCAGCAAAUCGGAGGCAUCGUGCAGGUUGGUGCCCACGGUACUGGCGCACGACUGCCACCCAUUGAUGAGCAAGUCAUUAGCAUGAAACUGGUGACUCCUGCGAAGGGAACAAUUGAGGUGUCUAGAGAGAAAGAUCCUGAUCUCUUUUAUCUGGCUCGCUGUGGUCUAGGGGGCCUUGGUGUGGUUGCAGAGGUCACUCUUCAAUGUGUGGAGAGACACGAGCUUGUGGAACAUACAUUUGUUUCCAACGUCAAUGAGAUCAAGAAAAAUCACAAGAAAUGGCUGGCUGAUAACAAGCAUGUGAAAUAUCUAUGGAUUCCCUAUACUGACACAGUUGUAGUUGUGCAAUGCAAUCCUCUUUCAAAAUGGAAAACUCCAAAGUUCAAAUCAAAAUAUGGGAAGGAUGAAGCAUUGCAAAAUGUUCGUGAUCUUUACCGUGAUUCCCUUGACAAAUACAGGGUUGAAGUUGGUAAGGAUGAACCGGAUAUAGAUGAACUCUCGUUCACAGAGUUGAGGGAUAAACUUCUUGCCCUUGAUCCCCUCAACAAAGACCAUGUCAUAAAAAUCAACCAAGCAGAAGCUGCAUACUGGAGGAAGUCAGAGGGAUAUCGGGUAGGUUGGAGUGAUGAAAUAUUGGGUUUUGAUUGUGGUGGGCAGCAGUGGGUCAGUGAGACAUGUUUCCCAGCAGGGACCCUUGCAAAGCCCAGCAUGAAGGACUUGGACUACAUAGAAGAGUUGAUGCAGCUCAUACAGAGCGAAGAGAUACCAGCACCAGCUCCUAUUGAGCAGCGUUGGACAGCUCACAGCAAGAGCCUUAUGAGCCCAGCAUCAAGCUCUGGAGAGGAUAUAUUUUCAUGGGUUGGUAUAAUCAUGUACCUGCCUACAAUGGAUGCUCGUCAGAGGAAGGAGAUAACAGAAGAAUUCUUUAGUUACAGACAUCUGACACAAACUAGACUGUGGGAUGAAUAUUCUGCUUACGAGCAUUGGGCUAAAAUUGAGGUUCCAAAGGACAAAGACGAGCUUGCUGCACUCCAAGAAAGACUGAGGAGGCGCUUUCCAGUUGAUGCCUAUAACAAAGCACGCAGAGAACUGGAUCCCAACAGGAUUCUUUCAAAUAACAUGCUAGAGAAGCUGUUCCCUUCAUCAGAGACAGUUUGAUUAUCAAAUAUGUUCCAAGUAUUUUUCUGCUUCGGGGUAAUUAUACUGAUUGAAUCUUGAGGCAGUAUGAAAUGUUUACUUGCUCAGACUUGUUGUGGUUCAAUAAAAGUCAGUUUGAUUUUCUAAGAACUGCCCUAUCAUGACGUAAUGAUCAAAGAAUUCCCUGCUUUCU